GGCGCCUCAGAAGUGGCAGGAAAGGCGAGCCGACUCCCACUGCGCCCUCGGGUUGCGUCUGCCUUUCUUCCUCCCUUUAGCGCGGGCGUCUUUCCCCCCAUCUUGCCUCGGGCGCGCCGUUCCUCCUUGUUCUGCGGCACCUUCGAUUCCAAUUCCCCGCCGCUUCUGAAAGAAGAAGCUGAGCAGCCUAGCCGCGGACUCCGCUCGCUCGGCUGCACCAUGAGCGCCGACUGCACGAGUUACAUGAAUGCCGACAAGGUGCUGGUCAGCGCCUUCAGCUGCCCGGGGGAGGACGGCGAGCCCGGCUCCAUCUACUGUUGCGGCUUCCAGGACCUCAAGUAUUGUUGCGAUGACCCGAACAGCUUCUUCCCCUACGAGCACAACUACAUGUGGUGGCUCAGUGUUGGAGCACUUAUUGGCUUGUCAAUUGCAGCAGUGGUCCUGCUGGCUUUUAUCAUCACUGUCUGCGUUCUUUGUUACUUGUUUAUCAGCACGAAGCCACAAAGCAAACUGGAUAGAGGCCUCAGUUUAAGCUUACAGUCAGCAGGUCGAGAGACUAGAGGAAGUUCUCUAUGUUAAAGAAAGGUGUGUGGAACAGGACAUGUACGGACCAGUUCUGCAAGCAAAUAGCAGAAAACUGCAUCUUUCAGAACACACCAGCAAAACUGUCUCACAGCCCAACAGAAACGAGUCUCUUGUCUUUAAGCUGGACUGGAAGAAUCCAACUCAAGAACCCAAGGAGCACAUUGAAAGUUGUUCUAUUGCUGCUGUGAAUGCUAUUAAUGCUCAGGGUCCAACCUGGAAUCAUCCAGGAAUAUGAAAUCAUGAUUGUCACCAUUCAUGUACAUUGCAGGCCCUGAUCCAGUGACAACCUUCCCCCUCUGUUAUACAAGUAUGUAUUGUCUUAUACUUGCAGGAAUGUUAACUUUUAAUUAAAUGAGCUACUAUUGCUUUUUUUAAAAAAAGUAACCUGUUGCUCAUACAGGCCAUCUUACAUGCCCAAAAUGCAAAUGCAACAGUAUAUUUUGAUUUGCAUAAUUUCUGUUAAGAAAGUGAUUUUUUGUGCCCCAAUAUUUUCCUUGAAUUAUGCAUCUGCAAACUUUUGUGUUAAACACAUGGUUCUUUCUGAACAAACAAUACCCCGUUUCCUAACAUUUCAUUUGUGUCUUCAUUGUCUACUGUGGAGACACAUUUUAAUGAUACCUGAAGGAGCGUCUCCACCCCUAUUGUUCUGCCCGGACACUGAGGUCCAGCACCAAGGGCAUUCUGGCGGUUCCCUCGUUGCGAGAAGCCAGGUUACAGGGAACCAGGCAGAGGGCCUUCUCGGUAGUGGCACCCGCCCUGUGGAAUGCCCUCCCAUCAGAUGUCAAAGAGAAAAAUAACUACCAGAUUUUUAGAAGACAUCUGAAGGCAGCCCUGUUUAGGGAAGCUUUUAAUAUUUAAUAGAUUAUUUUAAUAUUCUGUUGGAAGCCGCCCAGAGUGGCUGGGGAAACCCAGCGAUGGGCGGGGUACAAAUAAUAAAUUAUUAUUAUUAUCAUUAUCUUCUCAUACAUAUUAUUUAUUUAGUAUUUCUGCCCCACUCUUCCUUCCUAGGAGUCUAAGAUGGCAUACAGAUGAGCAAAGAAUAUAAACCAAAUCAAAACCUUAAGUACAUUAUACAAAGUAAUAUCAGCAAAAUGUUUUAAAAGACAGAAUUCACAGUACAUCAGCAAGGGAUUACAAAUGAUUGCUCACUGACCCUGAGCAGGGUCUCCCCUGCAGCUCUUAGGGUGAAAAUAGGCAGAUGUUGAGAAGGCACAAUAACUUUCACUAUAUAUACUAUUAAAGUUAGUUGUGGCAAUUCAAAUUGCAGCACAAACCAACAGUGCUUCACUCAAGGCAUGAGUUAAAGCGCAUGCUCAAAGCCAAAUUGAAGAGACUCCUCAAUGUAUUAUGUAAUCCUAAAUAGAAAGAUGCAAUUAGCAAUUAAAACCAGUUCCAUUAAAUUGGCUUGAUAAAAUUUAAAAGCAGGUAACAGUUUACUAAUUUGCCAGGAGCAUUUGAGGCCCACAGGAUCUGCUUCAGUGGCUUGUGAUUUAUAAAGACAUCUGUUAGUGACACCUUUGUUCAUCGGAGCAGCCGUUUCUCAUUAAACCAAGGUUCACAGUCUUCUAUGCAUCAUGUUAAUGAUAAGCAAGCCUGUUUAUCUCACACUAUUAUUUUUGAAGGCUUACAGUGAUCAACUCUCCUAUAUUAUAGACAUAAACUUGCAUGGGGUGGAAAACCCAUGGCUACAUAAAUAAAUAUGUCAUUCAUAGCAGGAAAGGCAUAUUGUUUAGAGAGCAUGGGUAGGCAAACUAAGGCCCAGGGGCCGGAUUCAGCCCAAUCGCCUUCUAAAUCUGGCCCACAGACAUUAGACUGUGUCCUUUUAUUUAAAAUGCAUCUCUGGGUUAUUUGUGAGGCAUAGGAAUUUGUUCAUUCCCCCAAAAAACAUAGUCCGGCCCACCACAAGGUCUGAGAGACAGUGGACCGGGCCCCUGCUGAAAAAGUUUGCUGACCCUUGGUUUAGAGCAGGGCUACAUGCCACUUUGAGGGCCACUUCUGUAGUUCUGCUAACUCAAAUGAGCUACAUUGUUAUGCGAACCAUAGAAAAGUACCGGUAUUUUGAUUAGUGUUAACUUUCCGAUCAUUUCCCCUCCUUUUCUUUCUUUCUCUCUUCUCCAUAGUACACUGUCAUUUCUUUCUGUAUCCCAGAAGUGGGGAGGCUAUGCCCUCCAGAUGUUGCUGGGCUCCAAGUGCCAUCAUACCUCAUCAUUGGUUACGUUGGUUGGAGCUGAUGGGAGUUGUAGUCCGGGGUUUCAGGCAGGGAGACAUUUAAAGCCCUAUCUGGAGAUGCUGGGAAUUGAACCUGAGACCUUUCUGCAUGCAAAGCAGAUGCUUUGUCCCUGAACUAUAGUCCUUUUCCACAAUUUCUUUCUCUCUCUGCACAAUCACAGGUCUGCAUUUUGUUUGCUUUCCCCAGGUACUGUACACUCAGUUUCUCAACUGCCGCCUCUGUUUUUGCCCACAUUCUCCUCCAUCACUGAAAUUCCAUUCAUUAUCUCUCUGCUCCCCCUCUGUAUUUUAAUCUACCAAUCCUCUCUUUUCUUAUUCACAAGUUUGUCUGCAUCCACACAUCACUUUGUUUUCUUCUCUCUGCACUUUUCCUUUCUAUUCCAUAGUUUAGGAUAAGGUUAAAACACAAAAGGGGCUGAAGCUGAUAUGAAUAGUGGUAGACAACAUGCCCCAUCAUCACAGGUAGGUUUUUUGUGGUAGGUUUUUUUUUAAAAAGUGUCAUAUUAAAUUGAUUUUUGGCAUGAGAAAUGGUCUAGCAUCUUAUUCUGCAUGCUCCAGGCAUCAUACCAGUACUCCAACACUAAUUGCUCCAUCUGUCCACUCCAUUAUUGCCAAAACUCUUUUAAAAAUGUAGAAUGAGAUCUCAACCAAUUGUUUUCAUCCAAAUCCCUAAGGACCUGCUGCUCUUAUCUCUGGAAAAUGUGCAUUCGGCAUCAUAGAAAAGGGACAACUUCAAAAUCUAUUGUUGGUAGUCUGCCAUGCUUAUGUGAAUUGUAUGCGAAUGAUUUAAAUUGGUGAUUGUAUGUAAAUUAAAAUGUGGGAAUUUUUGGUUACCCCAACAGCUUCUUUAGUCAUAUUUCUUUAAUCUAAGAUGGU